AUGCUGCUGGUUGUUAUUGACCUGCACCUGUGGAGACCUGCACCUGUGGAGACCUGCACCUGUGGAGACCUGCACCUGUGGAGACCUGCACCUGUGGAGACCUGCACCUGUGGAGACCUGCACCUGUGGAGACCUGCACCUGUGGAGACCUGCACCUGUGGAGACCUGCACCUGUGGAGAUUCGGGACGUUCCCCAAUUUGUCCUCCUCUAUAAUUCAGCAGCGAAACCCCCCCUGCUGCUGUUUCUCCCCCUCCGCCGCAGACCUAAGUGCAGGCAGUUCAUAA